GCAAUGGAAGGUGGUGUUGUGUUGAUGGUCAUGGCAGUCCUGCCCAUGUUGCUGCUCCUGCCGUUCACCUCAGGAACCUCUCAACCUCCAAAUGUAAUCCUAAUGCUUAUGGACGAUAUGGGCUGGGGAGACCUAGGCACGAACGGGGAGCCCAGCAGGGAGACCCCAAAUGUAGACAAGAUGGCCCGAGAUGGUCUCACUGUGACCUCCAUGUACACCGCUGCUCCUCUCUGCUCACCGUCCAGAGCUGCUCUUCUCACCGGCCGACUGCCCAUCAGGAAUGGUUUUUACACUAACAACACCCAUGGCAGGAAUGCUUACACGCCACAGGAAAUCGUGGGAGGAAUCUCCCAGAGCGAGGUGUUGCUGCCUGAGCUUCUCAAGUCCCGAGGAUACACUUCUGGACUUAUCGGAAAGUGGCACCUGGGGCACCGCUCACCUUACCUGCCCCUGGAACGAGGGUUCGACUACUGGUUCGGUUCACCUAACUGCCACUUAGGACCCUAUGAUGACGUCACCACGCCAAACAUUCCAGUCUUCCGUAACGCGUCGAUGAUCGGAAGAUACUUCGAGGACUUCGCCAUCGACGAGAGUGAGGCAGUGUCCAACAUGACUCGCCUCUUCACCGAGGAAGCUGUCAGCUUCAUAGAACGUCAGGCAGAUGAAGGACCUUUCUUCCUCUUGUGGGCGGCUGAUGCCACACACGAGCCUGUGUAUGCUUCCAGCCUCUACCACGCCACUAGCAGGAGAGGUGUGUGUGUGUGUUGUGUACAGGAGCUUACAGCUCUUGGACCUCUGACACUUACCAUCCAGUUGAUCGUCAAAUCUAGCAGUCCCUUCUACUACCGCGGUGACAGACUGAUGGCUGUGCGUCAAGGAUCCUACAAGAUGCAUCUUGACCUUCGCACCCCGCCAGCUGAACUCGAAGUGGGUAUCAACUUCUGCCCUGGAGUUGAUGUCGAGAAUGUCACCACGCCCACGCCCACAGACCAUAGUGACCGCCCCAUACUCUUCAACAUCCUGGUGGACCCGGCAGAGAGAUACCCCAUAGCCUUCAACGCCUCGGAAUACAAUAUACAAGUGCCUGUGGUAUGUUUGGCAUUGUCUUCACUGUAGCACGAUAAUGCUGUGCCCAUUGUCUUCAUUA